CCGGCUGCGCAUGCGCAGGCUGUAGGCGGCCUUCCGCGGUCGGAAGGGGAGUUCAAGGAGACGGGGGCGACGCGGCUGCGGCUGCCUCGUCCGGGUCGGGGUUACCGACAUCAUGCCGGGGAUAGUGGAGCUCCCUACUCUGGAGGAUCUGAAAGUGGAGGAGGUGAAAGUCAGUUCAGCUGUGCUUAAAGCUGCGGCCCAUCACUAUGGAGCUCAGUGCGACAAACCCAACAAGGAGUUCAUGCUGUGCCGCUGGGAAGAGAAAGACCCGCGGCGGUGUUUAGAGGAAGGCAAGCUUGUCAACCAGUGUGCUCUGAAGUUCUUCAGGCAGAUAAAGCGUCACUGUGCAGAACCUUUUACAGAAUACUGGACCUGCAUUGAUUAUAGUGGCCUGCAGCUAUUCCGUCGCUGUCGCAAACAGCAGGCAAAGUUUGACGAGUGUGUGCUAGACAAGCUGGGCUGGGUGCGCCCUGACCUGGGAGAGCUGUCCAAGCCUUUGCUUUGGCCAUUCUAAAGACAUGCCUCUCUGCCUACAUAUGGACUGUUCACUGGGAAUCUUCCUAAUCUUCCUGUUGGCUCCUGGUCAUCCUUCAAGAUUAAGCUAAGUGUUGCUCCCCACCCCACUUCCCCCCGAAAUAGUCCAGGCCCCUAACCCUCAGGACAGGUUAGGUGUGUGGAGUCCUUGCUCUCCUAGCACUCGGUUUGUGUCACGGUUACCGUAAUUCGGUGAGGAAGUCGCAGUUGAUUUUCUUGUCUGGCUCCCUCACUAGACUGCGCCCCUUGAUAACAGGGUAUAUCUUGUUCCCUUCUGUGUCCCAAACUUCUGCCAUGUGGAGUGACACAAAGUGAACUGUCUUAAAUGUUUACUCAAGGGUUGAAUGAGUCUAAAUGUGAUUUGCUGGCGCUCAGAGAAGAGGAAUAGUUGGGGCAGAGAAGCAGAGAGGAAACAAUGGGAGGCGUCUGGGGUCACAGACCA